AGGACCAAAUUGAAGAUUUAACCUAAAUUCCAGAGUUCACGGCACAACCUUGAAUUCAACCGGCCUUGGGGUUCUAGUAAUCCUCAAAUCUUAGUUCUUGGGUUUCCUUAGGUUGGGAGUUCUACCAUUAUCAAGGACUUUGAAACAAUCUUCCUUCCCCCAAUUACCCUCGUUCAAAAAAAGGGGUAAAACACAACCUUCUUUUUCUAUGCCGUAGGGUGCAGACUUGAAUUGAUAAAAUUUGAAGAGAAGAAUAGAGAUUCAGAAAGACAUCCAUUGAAUUCCGUAGUAAAUGGUAGUUAUAUUCCUGGAAACAAACAUUUUACAAAUUUGAAGCCUCUUAAAACAAGCAGUCUUAGAAUCAGUUAUGCAAUCCGACUGAUAUGUCAGUGCAGUUUUUGAGAUGGGGAAGGGGAGGUAUAGUGUAUUCUUCCAGCGUUGACCAAAACCAGAGGAAGGAGAAAUUCAUUUGGUUUGGUUCUGUAAUCUGUAUCCCAAUCAGUGGUCCAGAGCACUUCGGAUGGAGAUUGGAGGGUCUUGCACACUGCCUCUGGAGAUAAGGUCCUGGUUCAAAAAUAAAACAAUAACAGUUAUGUCAUCAUGAAAAUGGCGACGUACUUUCUUGCCAAUCUUUCGAAGAUCAGAGUAUCUCAUUUCUCGCUUUCUUGCUGCUUCUUGAAGGGCAGCCUUGACAAGCCUUUUGGCACUUCCCUGCAUUAACAGAAACGGAGCUCAUGAGCAACAAGUUACAAUAGCCAAAACUAUCAUAAUCACGCUACAAUUUGAACUUGACUAGAAGCAGUAAGGACAAUGAAUCAUGAUUUGUGAC